AUAAUCCUUUUUUCUCCUUCUAUCUUCUUGAUCACACACAGUUCUCCAAGUCCUUAUGGCAAUGGCAACUCAAGCCUCUCUCUUCACACCCACCACCACCAUUAAAUCAAGCAACCAUGUGAUCGUGCCAUGGAAUCAAUCCUCCUUUAUCUCAAUCCCAACUGCUGCUAAACCCCUUAAAUACUCCAACCCUCUAACUCCCAUCAAGGCUACUGCUGCAGAGGGAAAAACUGAGGAGGCUCCGGUGGGCUUCACACCACCGGAGUUGGACCCAAGCACCCCAUCGCCAAUUUUUGGCGGCAGCACCGGUGGUUUGCUGAGAAAGGCUCAGGUGGAGGAGUUUUAUGUGAUCACUUGGGACUCACCCAAGGAACAAAUAUUUGAAAUGCCCACUGGGGGUGCAGCCAUUAUGAGGCAAGGUCCUAACUUGCUGAAGCUAGCUAGGAAAGAGCAGUGCUUGGCUCUUGGGACAAGGCUGAGGUCCAAAUACAAGAUUAAGUACCAGUUUUACAGGGUGUUUCCAAAUGGGGAAGUUCAGUAUUUGCACCCUAAAGAUGGGGUUUAUCCUGAGAAAGUGAACCCAGGGCGUCAAGGUGUUGGGCUGAAUUUCAGGUCAAUUGGAAAGAAUGCGAGUCCAAUUGAGGUGAAGUUCACUGGGAAGCAAGUUUACGAUCUGUGAUUUUAUGUGAUUAUUUUUACUGUUGUUUGGUGUAAUUUUACUCCUUUUUACUUUUCAAUAAAAAAAAAAAUGCCCGUAAA